AUGGAUCGAACACAAGUAAUUCCUGCCAAAUCACUUUCUCCUGGACACACAGUGAUUCUCGUAAUGGGCAUUACUGGAGUGGGAAAGAGCACUUUUAUUUCUAAGCUGACCGGCGAUGAUGUCGGUAUCGGCCACGAUUUGACGUCUUAUACCAAGGGCAUUGGAAUUUACAGCAUGACCAUAUCCGAUCGCGUAGUCUACCUGAUAGACACUCCAGGAUUCAACGAUACCUGGCGAUCCGACUUGGAGAUCCUACAAGAAGUGGCUUACAUUACGUCUACCAUUUAUCGUCGAGGGAUGAACUUGGCCGGCGUUUUAUAUCUUCAUCGUAUCUCUGAUAACAGGGUAUCGGGCUCGGCCUUGAAGAACUUCAAUCUGCUGGAAAAGAUGUGUGGUCCUCAUGCAGCUUCCCGAGUGUUUCUUAUCACCACAAUGUGGGAUCUCACCCAGACAGGAAAGUUGAAUCGCCGUGAAGCCGAGAUGCGUGAGACUCGUCUUAGUUCAACUGAAGAGUUCUGGGGGAAGCUUUGUCGACAAGGCAGCCGGACAAAACGGUGGCAGGGCGAUUGCGGAACGGCCUCAUCAAUUGUCAGCGAGCUACUACGAUUGAAUGAUAAAUCAGGAUUCGUGGUACAAAGAAUACAACAGGAACUUGUCGACGAAGGGAAAAGCCUAGCACAAACUGCCGCUGGCAAGGAGUUGUUGACUGAAUAUGAAAUGACGGAAAGAAAGUGCAGCGAUGAGUUUUCUUCCAUUAUUUAUGGAGAAAGGGACGAAUUCACAUCAGACACUUCGCUUUCAGAGCUUCGUGGUCAAAUCCAAGAGAUGAAAGCAGCUCAACGACAGCUACGCGCUUCUCUGCGAAGUGCCUUUGUCGAGAGAGAAAAAGCAUAUUCCAAGGUCUUGAAUCAAGUCCGUACCGAGCAGCAGCAACUAGCCCAGGAAGUAGAGAAAGGCCGACAAGAACAGAAACGCUUGAAAGCUGACACCGCAGCUAAUGCCACCGUGCUUCAAGAGGAUCGUCAGAGCUUCCAACUGCAGCGACGGCAGGUUGACUACGAAGAGAGAACAGGUCGUCUGUCACGAGCAAAUGCAAACGCUAAACGCCAGAACAUCGCAAAAGAUGAAGCGGAAAGCAACGAAUCCUAUCAACAGUUGAACCUGGAGAACGAGGAGCAAUUUAUCGAAACCGAGGAAGCUGUGGAGAAAGUGAGGAAGCGAGAUGUGCUGAAGCAAAACUUGUUUCCUCUUCUAGGUAUACUUGGAGGGACUGGACUUGCAGUUGCUGGUGUGGUCACUGGCCUCAUGCCUUUGGCUGGAGCUGGAGUAGGUGUUGGAUUCACGUACGCUACUAAAUUACAGUUCUCGCGGCAGGGGGACAGACGCCUAGAUCACAAGGCUAUGGCUUGGGAAGGUCUCAUGGGAGGAGGUCAAGGAGCUGCAGGUGCAGGUCUAGAUUAG